CAAACAAAAUAAGGCCGCGGACUCAUCUGGGAUUAUUUUCAUCGGACGGUUCUGAUUCCGUGCCGCUGGUGCCUGCGUUUAGGGUUUUCCCACCACCUCACGCGGCUGCGUUGUUUUCCUCUUGUCUGAAUUCUUCCUGCUAUUUCGUAUUGCAAGUCUCGGUUACCCUUGGCUACGCGAAGAUGACAAAGAGGACCAAGAAGGCUGGAAUUGUUGGAAAAUAUGGCACAAGAUAUGGUGCUAGUUUGCGGAAGCAAAUUAAGAAAAUGGAGGUUUCACAACAUGCCAAGUACUUUUGUGAAUUUUGUGGAAAGUACGCAGUCAAAAGAAAAGCUGUGGGCAUCUGGGGAUGCAAGGACUGUGGGAAAGUUAAGGCAGGCGGUGCUUACACCUUAAAUACUGCCAGCGCUGUUACUGUCAGGAGCACAAUCCGCCGCUUGAGGGAGCAGACAGAAUCUUAAAUGAGUUUUUCAAACCAAUUAUUAUUGUUGUGUUUUUUAAUUGAGGAGUGGACUCUCUAAGUUUUUAGUUCCAUUUAUGCAUAAAUAUUGAGAUAUGUUUUUUAGAGACGAUUUGUAUUUUGAUCUGAAACAUAGUUGCUUGAUUGUCUUAUAUAGUUUUGCUA